CUGCCCGUGUGAGUGCUAUCAAGCUGGUAUCCGUCGAGUUGUGUGCCGAAAGCCAUUAAAUUUCCCGAACCAUUUUCUGCGCUUCGAUUUUUGUUUCUGUUUUUGCCAGUAGCAGCAGCGGUGUGUGUGCCCCCUCGUACCAGAUUGGUCGCGGAACAAAACGCAUUCAAGAAAAAGCGCUCCAACCGGCAGGUCCUGUGUCACUCUCUCUCUUCACGCCCGUUAGGCUCAAACAUCAUCCAACAAAAGCAAAAUGGCUGGCGGUAAAGCAGGCAAGGAUUCGGGCAAAGCGAAAGCCAAAGCAGUGUCGCGCUCCGCAAGGGCGGGUUUGCAGUUCCCGGUCGGACGUAUCCAUCGUCAUCUGAAAAACCGAACCACAAGCCAUGGACGCGUCGGUGCGACCGCCGCCGUUUACUCGGCAGCCAUCCUGGAGUACCUGACGGCUGAGGUGCUGGAGUUGGCCGGCAACGCCUCGAAGGAUCUCAAAGUGAAGCGAAUCACGCCCAGGCAUCUGCAGCUGGCCAUUCGCGGUGACGAGGAGCUGGACAGCUUGAUCAAGGCCACCAUUGCCGGCGGUGGCGUCAUUCCCCACAUCCACAAAUCGCUCAUCGGCAAGAAGGGCGGCCCCGAGUAAUAAGCAGUCCCGCGUUUUUUUUUAUGGAUAGCGGGGACAGGGAGAGGGAGGCGCCGAAACGAUAGCAGUCCCAUGCGCGAAAGGAGAGAGAGAGAGAGAGAGAGGGAAGAGUAGGAGCAUUGGGGAUAAUCCAUUUGUAUGACCACACGAAAAGUUUAUUUUUAAUCGUGAGCGUGAGCGAGAGAGCGCAUGCUUUUUCUCUAUAUAGAACCUACGGUGUUAUAGAGACAGAGGAGAUAGGGAGGAAGGGGGGGGGGGGGGGAGGGGGAGGAGAGUGGUUAGCCGAGUGCGCGCUCAAAUCCGAACUUUUAGGAGACUUUUAGAAGGAGACGCGGUUUGCAUUUUUUUUUUGUCAUUGUUUUUACCUUUGAUUGCAUCGUCGUUAAGGCAGGACUCGCCGGCGCACUAGCGGAAGAGAGGAUGUGCGCGUCGGCACGUGGCUAGAAUAUUGUGAGCUUUCGAACCAUACGGAGAGCGCGCGCUCAUCCAGCCCUAACCCACCCCGCCAGGGGGAAGGACGAUGAGUUCUGUUUACUUAUUGUGUCUUUUUUCUAUUCUUACUCUUUUUUUUCCGAUCGCUCAACCUCAAUAAUGAUAUAUUUAUAAGAAACAGUGAACCUACAUUUCACUACCACACACACACACACACACACGCACACAGACUCGGAUUCUCGGGGGGUAUUUUUUUUUUUUUGGUUUCCUUGGCAUAGAUAGGUCCCGCCAAUAGAUUCUAUUACGUACUAAAAAAAAGAAGGGAAGAGUGACGGGAGGGAGAAUCUUUCCGGGAUCCUCGACUGUUGGAAUCAAAUUUUAAUCGCGGGAGGAGAAAAGCAAAACAAAACACGUCUACUACUACUUACGCUAAUAAGGAAAAAGAAGAGUCAUAAACAACUCGCAAUUGUACAACGACAGGCUCUAUACUUUUACGGUUUUUAGGAUGCAUGGCGGGAGGACACGUUUUCAUUUCCGUUCGAAGCAAACCAUACUCCCACCUUCCCACCCACACGCCGCCCAACCGACCUUAGCUUAACGGGCACGACGAAAGACGCUAGACGGUAGCGAUUGCUGCCAAACAGAGCAGAAAGGAAACCGCAAAGGACUGUUCACACAAAUCUUCACUAGGUUACAGCAUCUUUUUAUUUUUUAUUUUUUUGGUUUGCCUGACGAAACACACAGCUCAUCGAUAUUGGGAUUUUGUACAAAAAAAAAGAGAAGAGGACGAGAAGCAGGACGGAAAAAUCGAAAAAUUGUACACUACACAGAGAAAGAGAGAGCGAGAGCAUUAGUAACAAAGAUGGAAUGGAACACUGCAUUAGUAUAGUACCGCUAAUAGUGAGGGUUUUUCUUUUUUGAUGAAGAACAAUAGAUGAAACAUACAGAGAGAGAGAGAGAGAG